CUCAACCCCUGUCAUCAUGAACUCCAAUGGCAUCCUUAACGGCCACAGUCCCAUCGUCCGACCUUUGAAGCCGGGUAUUUAUGCCCCCAUUCCUACUUUCUUCCUCCCUGAGAGCGAGGAUUUGGAUCUUCCCACUUUCGAGAGGCACCUUGCCAAAGUAGCCGCGGCAGGAGUGGGGCCAUUGAUCGCAGGGUCAAUGGGUGAAGCAAUCCACCUGUCACCAGACGAACGCAUCACGCUUAUCCGUACAGCUCGCAAAGUGCUCGACGAGGCUGGUUUUGUGGACGUUCCUAUUAUUGCUGGGACGGGAGCAGCGAGUACAAGGGAGACUGUCCAACUCACUCGUCAAGCUGCGGAAGCUGGUGCUGAUUAUGCCAUCGUCAUCGCAAGUGGCUACUUCGCGGGAGCUCUCGCCACCAAUAGGCAGGCGUUGAAGGAUUAUUGGACUGAGGUCUCCGAAAAGAGUCCUAUACCAGUCAUGAUCUAUAAUUACCCUGGUGCUAGCAGCGGUAUCGACCUUGACUCUGAUUUCAUCGUCGACUUGGCCAUGACAUGCCCGAAUAUCUGUGGAGUCAAAUUAACUUGCGGAAAUGUUGGGAAACUGACUAGAAUUGCAGAAGCUAUUGCGGAACCUUCUUUCACCACGAAGUAUCCUCGCAAGAAUUCGGCAGCGCCGUUCCUCGUACUUGGAGGUUUUGCCGACUUCCUCUUGCCCUCCGCCUUUGUCGAGGGUCAUGGAGCUAUCAUCGGCCUCGCCAACCUCGCACCGUAUUCAACUGUGAAGCUUUUCCAACUAUCCGAAGAAUCCAAAAAGGACCCGUCGCUUCUUCCUGAAGCACAAAGAAUUCAAGGCAUCGUCGCUCGAGGCGACUUUACCAUCGCCAAAGCUUCGAUCUCUGGCACCAAGUACCUCUUGGAGAAGGUUUAUGGCUAUGGCGGCCUGACUCGUCGCCCACUUCCUCCAAUCACUCCUGAAGCAGCGAGCGCGAUAUGGGAGCACCCUCACACACAGGCACUGGUGCAACUAGAGCGAGAACUUUCCGGUAAAUUAAGAACUUAA